UUCCCUCAGCACACAGCUCCUGAAAGCCACCAGGCUUGUAAAAGGAGAACAGAGAGGCUAUUGGGAUACAAAUUACUGCUCUCUUAGGAUUUGCCUGACCAGCCAACUUAAGUUGUGAUUACUGAGCAGUAAAACCAAGAGGAAACCAUGACAGAUGACCAAGACCUUUCUGAGGUGGAGAUGAGUCCUGUGGGUUCCGAAGAUCCCCAUUGCCUCUCACCUGGACCUUCCAUGGCAUCAGACACCAGCUCUCACCUUAGCAACCCCAGCAGCAGUGAGAUAGGGAAAGUGAAGAAGGAACAGCAGGACUCCGAAGCGGAUGACGAUAAGUUCCCUGUCUGCAUACGGGAGGCAGUGAGCCAGGUACUGAGUGGCUACGACUGGACCUUGGUGCCCAUGCCUGUGCGGGUCAAUGGAAGCAGCAAGAGCAAGCCCCAUGUCAAGCGGCCUAUGAAUGCCUUCAUGGUAUGGGCACAAGCGGCCCGGAGGAAGCUGGCAGACCAGUAUCCUCAUCUCCACAAUGCAGAGCUUAGUAAGACACUUGGGAAGCUCUGGAGAUUGUUGAAUGAAAGUGACAAGCGACCCUUCAUCGAAGAAGCAGAAAGGCUGCGGAUGCAGCACAAGAAGGACCACCCCGAUUACAAGUACCAGCCACGUCGGCGGAAAAAUGGCAAAGCUGCCCAGGGUGAAACUGAUGGCCAAGCUGAUGGAGAAGCGGGUGGAGCAGCUGCCAUCCAGGCUCACUAUAAGAAUGCCCACUUGGACCACAGGCAUUCUGGGGAAGGAUCCCCCCUGUCUGACGGGCACCCCGAACACUCCUCAGGUCAGAGCCAUGGACCCCCCACGCCACCAACCACUCCAAAGACAGAAUUGCAGGCGGGUAAGGCUGACUCCAAGCGGGAGGGGCGUUCCCUUGGGGAAGGAGGAAAGCCACACAUCGACUUUGGCAAUGUGGAUAUUGGGGAGAUCAGCCAUGAAGUGAUGUCCAACAUGGAGCCCUUCGAUGUCAACGAGUUUGACCAGUACUUGCCACCAAAUGGACAUGCUGCUCACCCAGGCCACGUUGGGGGUUAUGCCGCAGCUGCUGGCUAUGGCCUUGGGAGUGCCCUGGCUGCAGCCAGUGGACACUCCGCCUGGAUCUCCAAACAGCAUGGCGUCUCCUUGUCUGCUGCCACAUCAUCGGUGGUAGACUCCAAGGCGCAAGUGAAAACAGAGAGCUCUGCUCCAGCGGGCCAUUAUGCUGAUCAGCCCUCCACUUCCCAGAUAGCAUACACCUCCCUCAGUCUGCCCCAUUAUGGCUCAGCUUUUCCCUCUAUAUCCAGGCCUCAGUUCGACUACCCUGACCACCAGCCCUCAGGACCCUACUACAGCCACUCCAGUCAGGCUUCUGGCCUCUACUCGGCCUUCUCAUAUAUGGGGCCCUCCCAACGUCCCCUAUACACUGCCAUCUCUGACGCGGCACCCUCAGUGCCACAAUCUCAUAGUCCCACACACUGGGAGCAGCCUGUGUAUACGACCCUUUCAAGACCCUAGGGAAUGGGGAGCAGUGACCGAAGCAGCAGCGGAAAGGCUCCGAAGAAUCAGCCCCAGAAGACGAGCCUCCGAGUUCAGAGGUCAUUUGGUGCAAUCCAGACGCCAGAACCCACAGAAAAUCCGGGCGUGUCUAUCAUGACCACAGUUAUCGAUGGCUCACCUGGCUGGAGGAAGGUUCCCACCCAUCCCUCAUACUCCCAGUCCCUGAUUGGCUUCCAAGAUCCCGUAGGCCUUCUAGAUGAGGGCGAUUCUAGGCAUGGAGCAACUAGUCAUGGUGGGUUUUUGUUGGGCAGAUCGAGGGUUUAUAAGAAUAAUAAUUAUAGUAAUAACAAUAAUAACAAUAAUGAUAACAACACAAUUGAACGAUUAUCCCCUCCCUUCUAUUUCC